CAAAUACAGAGAGGAGUAAUACGGAGUAUAGAUUGCCACUUACUCGCCACUUCAAAGUUCAAACACCCGCUUACCAAUUUCAAUCACUCCAAAAUCCAAAUCUCUCCAAGUUUCUCUCUCGGCUGGUGCCUGUUAAAAAAAAAAGAAUCCUGCUCGAAUGGAGAUUCCACCAAUCGAGGAUUCUCAUUCUCAGCCCACACCCAAUUCUUCCGAUGUUGGGGUGCCUCAUAAUCAAGAUGAUCUUGUUCCUCAAGUCUCAGAUUCUAAUGGAAAUGGUGCAUCUGAUCCUAAGGUAUCUGCAGAAGAAGUGAAGGGGGUUUUGGAAAUUAUAGCGUCAACUGGAAAGUUUUGGCAUGAAUGGGAUGAGUUGAAAAACAUGCUGUUGUUUCAGCUGAAGCAGGUAAUGGUGAGGUAUGCUUGUUGUAAGGUUCUUUCGGAAUAUCCAGAAACAAGAAUUCCUACUGAUCAACAAAAUCCUUCUAUGGGGGAGAGUCGUACACAGUUGGUGAAAAGCUUGGAAGAAGCUCUUUUCAGCUUCCUAGACGGGCCACCAUUCACAUUGCAAAGGCUUUGCGAGAUAUUACUGAAUGCUCAGAAUAUCUACCCAAAUUUGUCCAAACUUGCUCUGGCACUAGAAAAGAAUCUGUUGGUGACAAGUACUCUAAUGAAAUCUACGGAUCCAUAUCCUCCCUCAAAUGUGCAACUAGCAGAUGCCUCAAGUGAACAGGUUGUGGAUGCCCAGCCUCUGCCUGCUCCUCUACCUCAACCCGAGACUCAGCCUCCGCCUCUGCGUGAGCCUGAACCUGAACCUGAGACUCAACCUCCGCCUCUGUGUGAGCCUGAACCUGAGACUCAGCCUCCACCUCUGCGUGAGCCUGAACCCGAGCCUCGGCAUCAGCCUCAGCCUCAACCUCUUCCCCAUAUUCCAGCUCUGCGUGAAUCUGAACCUGAGCCUCAGCCUCAGCCCCUCUGUCCUCCACAUUCCGUAUCAGUAGAAAACGCAGUGACAGGAGACAGGGAUGAAGUAAUGUCCGAAGUAGAUGCUGAAGUGGAUGAUGGUAUGACCAUCGACAUGGAAACCUUUGAAGAGAUCAUCAGUUCUUCAGAAAAUCCGAAGUAGCUGGUAGAGAAUUAGUGACGUUUGAUUUUGCAACAUAUCGCAUUUUAUUACUGCUUCAGCCAUUUGGAUGGAAAAUUCAAUUCAAUGUGGAUACACGAUGCAAUUGUAUGAUCACGAUGUUAUCUUCAAACAUGUAUGUUUUAGAGUUUAAGAGUGAACUACUACUAUAACAUACCUUAUGCAAUUGUUACAUAUUGCAUUGUGUGGCGCUUUGUGCAAGUCUUCAAUGAUUGAAAAAUAGUACGAAUUAUAUCAAA